AUGUCGUCGACCUCAGCCGUCCAAGUACGCUCGCUCUACCGAUCUUUACUCCGCACAAGUCGACAAUUCGCCGCUUAUAAUUUCAGAGAAUACGCGCAACGAAGAACGCGAGAUGCCUUUAGGGAACAUUCGACAGAAACAGAUGGCCGGCGAAUACAGGAGUUGAUGCAGAAGGCGCUGAAAGAGCUGCGGAUGUUGAAGAGACAAACAGUGAUAUCGCAAUUCUUCCAACUAGAUCGAUUAGUGGUCGAAGGCGGCAAGACUGGAGAGCAGACAGGCAAUUCGGGAGACAUUGUACGGCAGAAAGACCAAGGGUAUGAUGUCGCAUGA